UUUUUAUCUUUCCUCUUCACAUACACCUGUCCCUAACAGACCACACUCACUCAACAAAACUCGUCACGUUUCUGUUUUUUCCCAAGGCAAACGGCACCAACACAAAAGAAGAGACAGAGGACCUGUUCACAAUCUCCAUCCACUCUUCCUUUUCGUUUUGGGGCCCUCAUUCAUGCGAAAUUGAUUGAAUCGUUGAAGUUCUUCAUCUCUUUGAGCUGGUGUUUGUGCCUGAUAUUGUUUUGGGGUCUGGUUCGUGUGGUAGAACUUGCCCACCGUUCUAUCAUUUUUAUCAGGAAGCUUGGGUCUCUAAUGUAUUCAUCUCAGUAGAAACCGAACAGUGGAGAUUCUUGGAGGAACAAAUCAGAUAUGGUUCUUCUCAAAGAUAUUGUGCCUGCAGCUCAGAACAACAUAGAGAGUAAGUUUAUAGUUUUGGAGAAAGGCAGCACAACACUAGAAGGGAAGAAUAGGAUAUGCUUGACUCUUGUAGCUGAUGAGACAGCUGCAGUUCAUCUUCAGCUUUGGGGAGAUGAAUGCGAUGCUUUUGAUUCCGGCGAUAUAAUUCGUUUGACCAAAGGAAUUUUUUCCUACCAGCAUGGUAAUCUUAUACUCAGGGCAGGCAAGAGAGGGAAGCUGGAGAAGACUGGAGAGUUUGUGAUGUCCUAUGUUGAGGUACCAAACAUGAGUGAGAUUCAUUGGAUCCCUGACCCAAGUAAUUCUAAAAAUUAUAUCCAGGACUAUGUAAUAUCUCCCCACUCACGCAUCUUCCCUCCAAUUCUAUAGAGGGAUGUGCUCUUUUAUACUUGCCACAAUUUCUUUCAGAUUAAGAUUUUCAACAUAUUGUAGAUAAAAAGAAAUUUAGCUUUUAUUUAAGUACUUCUGUUUAUUAUGGUUGGAGGAUAGCCUUAUUAUUUCUAUUUAUUUUAUCAUUUGGCGGUUGUUGUGAUGGAA